ACACACACACACACACACACAAAAUAUACACAGAGAACACUCUGCUUUUCUCUCUAACUUCACCUCAACACCAAAAGAGAUCACAGACCACCCCCACCCCACGCCCACACCCAUCCCCACCCCCUUUUUGCACCACCUCUAAAACUCUCUAACUCCCAUAGCAACAACAAACCAAAAGAACUUAGUAAUGUCUAAAUCUAUGCAUCAAAAAUGAAGGUCACUGCUAACAAUAAGGUCAAUGAACUUCCAUCAAUUACAUCAUCCAACUUAGUUAACCCUUUACCUGAUUCAGAUCUUUUACACAAACCCUUUCGUAAACCACCUCGCCGGAAAAUCAAGAACUCCGGUGCCGGUGCCGGAGUAAGGUUAAAGAGAGAUAUUGGUGGAGUUCCAGGUGGCAAAAAGAGCAGACCAAACACCCCUUUACUACGUUGGAAGUAUAAUGAAGAUGUAAAUGACAAUGUUUGUUCAUUGAAUGACAAGUCCACGGUGGAACUUGGUCGGAAAAGUGGUCGGAAAGUUAAAAAUUUGGUUUCUGCUAGGAAGUUAGCUGCUGGACUAUGGAGGCUUCAGUUGCCUGAAGUUCCUAAUAUUCCUGCUCAAAAGUUGCCUCAGGCUGGUCAUUUUGAUGUGCCCUUUUACGGCCAUCAUCACGUUAAAGAGAAUGAUUCUCACAUUGAUGAUUCAGUGCAGAGUCCUCGAUCUGUCUCCGGUCCAAGAAAUGGCCUUUAUCACAAGCUAGAGCCCUCAUUUCAAUAUCCAAACUCUGCAAUGGAGGGGGCAACAAAGUGGGAUCCAGUAGGCUGGACAAUUGCCGAGGAAAUAAAGGAGAUUUACGGCCAUCAGAAGGUUCCCGAUAAGCAGUCAAAGACCGCUGCAAUGGUUUCUGCACUUGAAGCGGAACUAGAGCAGGCUCGUGCCCGAAUUCAUCAACUUGAGAUGGAGCGGCGGUCAUCAAAAAAGAAACUCGAACAGUUUUUGAGAAAACUUAGUGAAGAGAAGGCAGCAUGGCGAAGCCGAGAACACGAGAAAGUUCGUGCAAUUAUAGAUGAUAUGAAAGCUGACUUGUCCAGGGAGAGGAAAAACCGACAGAGGCUGGAAAUAGUUAACUCCAAGUUAGUUAACGAGUUGGCGGAUGCCAAGUUAUCAGCAAAACGAUAUUUGCAAGACUACGAAAAAGAAAGGAAGGGUAGAGAGUUGAUAGAGGAAGUGUGUGAAGAAUUAGCCAAGGAAAUUGGAGAAGACAAGGCUGAAGUCGAGGCAUUGAAACGACAAUCUCACACUCUUAGAGAGGAAGUAGAUGAAGAAAGAAAAAUGUUGCAGAUGGCUGAGGUUUGGCGUGAGGAACGGGUUCAGAUGAAGCUAGUUGAUGCUAAGGUGACACUGGAAGAGAAAUAUUCCCAGAUGAAUCGACUAAUCGCAGAGUUGGAAUCAUUUCUAAGUUCUAGAGGUGUGGACCGCGAUGACGAAGUGAUCAAAAGAGCUGAACAGCUCCAACAGGAAGCUGCUUCGGUGGAUAUUCGUGAUAUUAGGGAGUUCACUUAUGAACCUCCAAAUCCAGAUGAUAUUUUCUCAGUGUUCGAGGACCUUAAUUUUGUUGCAAAUAACGAAAGGGAGAUCGAGCCAUGUCCCGAUGGUAUAUACAAUAAAGACAAUUUCCUCAGACAUUCUCUUGCGUAUGUCAAUCAGAGCGAUUUAGAGGAAGACGGAAGUGAAUGGGAAACCGUGAGCCAUCUUGACGAGCAAGGUUCGAGUUUUUCUGCUGAAGGAAGCGUUUCUUCUUCUGUCAACAAGAACUACAGGCACAGCAAUGUUACGGAAAUAAGUGAAGUAUGUUCAGGUCCCGGUCAGCAACUUAAGAAGGUCUCGUCUAUAUCUAGGCUUUGGAAAUCAAACGGAGACAAAAUAAACGUGAGGCUAUCAGAUUGUGGUAAUUCGAGCAAAGGUGAAUUUAGCCCUUCGGAACAAGCUGGCCAAUGGAGCUCACCUGAUUUGGGAAAUCCACAAAUAACACGAGGGAUGAAAGGGUGCAUUGAAUGGCCACGUAACUCUCACAAGCACAGCUUAAAAGCGAAGCUAAUGGAGGCGAGAAUGGAGAGCCAAAAGGUCCAGUUGCGCCACGUCUUGAAGCAGAAAAUCUAGAGACUACUCAGUUGAGAUAUCAAUAAAAACUGAAAGAGUAGUCAACAUUCUUGUAUCUCUCCUCAUUUUAUGCUUUACUGAAACUUCUUGCUGAUGUCUUUGUAUCAAUCAGAGCUGUUUUAUAUAGUAAUGUCAUGUAAUUUAGAAGGUG